AUGAUCAAAAGAGUAUUUAGAAAUAAAAAAGUACUCAUCAUACUUGAUGAUGUAGAUGAGAAAGAGCAACUUGAAAAUCUAGCUGGAAAAUCUGAUUGGUUUUGUUCUGGUAGUAGAAUCAUUAUCACAACUCGGGAAGAAAGCAUCCUAAAGACUCAAGUAGACCAACUUAAAGGAAUUUUGCCUUACGAAGUUCUUGGAAUGAGAUUUGAUCUAGCACUUGAUCUGUUUUAUAAGUAUGCAUUUAGAAGUAACUCUGCUGUAAAAGAAUAUGGGGAUCCUUCGAGAGAAAUUGUUCAUACAGUGGGCAUGCUUCCUUUGGCCGUUGUGGUGAUAGGGUCUCAUCUUUUUGACUUGGGCAGUGAUCUGGGGCAUUUGGAUAAAAGAGAAAAAAAUGAAGAUGUUGAAGCGCUAAGCCUGAUGUUCGAUGGCCACAACUUCACACAAAAAGAAUUAGCUUGUCUACCAAAAUUAAGGUUUCUUCGAGUGAAAGGGUCUGAUUUUUCUGGCAACUUUGAGAAUCUUCUUUCAGAGCUAAGAUGGCUUUCAUGGCAAACAGGGCAAACAACUUUCCGUGCAAACAACUUUCACUUUAGUAAUUUGGUCAUCCUCGACCUUUCAGAUAGUGAUAUUGGAGAUGAUUGGGUUGGGUGGAGCCAAAUGAAGAUGGAUAGAUUGAAGGUUUUAGAUCUGACGGGUUGCAUAAGGUUAAAAAAGACACCUGACUUUUCUAAUUUCAUGUCUUUGGAGAAGCUAAUUCUUGCUGGGUGUGUUGAGUUAACCACAAUUGACCACUCCAUUGGUAAGCUAAAGCACCUAACGACUUUGAAUAUCAAGGGUUGCAAGUUGCUUGGGGAGUUCCCCAAAGAAGUUGGUUCUCUACGAUCUUUGACAAAGGUUAUUAUGCCCCAAACUUUUCAACGCUUCAAACUUUCAGAGACAUUCGGCAAUCUAGAAUCUUUGUCGAGUUUGAUAUUAGACGAGCACCUUGGAAUCAGCCGACCUCCAAGCUAUAUUGGAGGGUUAGUGAAAGUUACACAUUUAUCUUUACGUUGGUGUGUGGGGAUAGAGAAGCUUCCAUGCUCUCUUGGAAAAAUGGAAAUGUUGGUUGAGUUGGAUUUAUCAAUGUCAGGAAUAGUUGAACUGCCUAAUUCCAUUGGAGAUAUGAAGAAACUAAAAGUGAUUAGAGUAAGCUAUACAAAGAUAAGAAAGUUUCCUCGUACAAUUGGGCAGGUGGAGAUGCUUGAAGAGUUACAUGCCAAGAAAUGUUGGGAUAUGACAUAUGAAAACCUGGAAGAAAUUGGGAAGCUAUCCCACUUGAAGAUAUUGGACUUAUCCUACACUCAUGUAUCAAGAUUCCCCACAGUGCUAGGUUCUCUCUCUUGUCUCCAAACUCUUGAAUUGGGUUCAAGUGCUCUUCAAGGAGUGCCUGAGCUUCCCUCAAGUUUGACAUGCCUUCACAUUCAAGCACGUCAGUUCCCAUAUAUCCCUAAUAUCUUAAGCCUCGUCCAUUUAGAUUAUCUGGAAUUAUCUGGAUUAACCGUUUCAAGAGAGGAACCUGACCCAAGCUGGAUGAACAAUUCACCAGAAAAACAACUGAUUCAUUCAUUUCCAUGUAACUUGUCAACCUUGAAAUGUAGGGGCAUCAAGCUACUACCACCUCUUUCCAACUUAGAAAAUUUGUCAAUUCUAUGUGUCAUUGAAUAUCCAAUGCCAUACUUCUCUAUCUAUGAAGAGCUAAUAAAUUUGACAGAAUUGAAACUAAGUAAAUGCAAGUUCAUCGAGAAAAUAUUUCUUCUCUCAGUCUUGAAGAACCUACAGCGCUUGGAUCUAAACAGAUUGGACGGGCUGGUUGAGAUUCAAGGUUUGUCAGAAUUGAAAUCCUUGUUGUACUUUCGUAUCUCUGACUGUUAUAAAUUAGAAAGGUUACCCAACUUAUCAAAGUUAGAUAAGCUACAGCACAUUGAGCUAGAAGCUUGUCCAAAAAUAAAAGCGAUUAAGGGCAUUAAGGGCUUAGAAAGCUUGGUAUUGGAUAACUGUGGUUGCACUGUCCUGGAGAGGUUGUGGGAUGUCUCAGGGUCAACUUGGCUUUCCCACGAAACACCUAAAUGCCAGGUGUUCCUAAGUUUUAGUGGACCAGACACUUCUUAUAGCAUUGUCGAACUCCUUUACAAGAACUUGGUUCGAAACCAAAUUUCGGUUUUUAGGGCUGAUGACAUGGUGAGCUCUGGUGAUGGAACUAAUGAAGGGCUUCCAAGAGCACUUAGGCCCCGUUUGCCGCCACCGCCGCGUGGGGGUCCCGCGUCCCCGGUGACCACUGCUUGGGGUGGCGAGACCCGCGACCUAGGCGGCGUCGCCUGGCGGGCGCGAGCCAGGCGAUGCCGCCUGGGUCCGCGCGGACCGCAAGCCGCUAGAUCUGGCCGUCCGGUGGCAGAUCGGGCGGUCUUGAGGCAGAUCUCGGCCUCCGCGAUCUCAGCUGCCAGAUCUGGUGGUUCGGCGGCCAGAUCUGGUUGGCUGGCCACCGGAAUUUGA